AUGGAGUGUGGAAAAAUGUUUGCUCAAAGUGGUAGUCUUAUUCGCCAUAACAGGAUCCACAUAAGGGAGAAGCCCCAUAAAUGCAUGGAGUGUGGAGAGGGCUUUGCUCGGAAAGGAGACAAGGUGGAAUCCAACAAAAUGAAAUUUAAUGUGAGGAAAGAUGCCGCACUCGCUCUCCUUAACCCCUGGGGCUCCACAGGAGGCGGAGAGGCUGCGGGAGAGUCUGGCGGGGGGAGAUCCAGACGUUCCCUGGAUACAGAAACUGGAAGCCAUUUGUGGUCUUUGCAAGGCAAACUUUCCUCUUGGGGGAAGAAGAAAAAGAGCGGAAUCCCUUGCAGGGAUCAGUCCUGCAGCCCCAGAAAUGGUCCCGUGAAGGAAAAGGCAUCUGGAGACCCACCAGAGCCCUUGGAGCCAUUUUCAGUUGCUCUGCAGGACAGAGAAAGGAUGGAGACACAACCUUUUGGAAAGGAGGGAAGCGGAAAAGGCCCUUCAGCUGCUCAGCCUGGGAAGGGGGGGAAGCUCUGGACAAGAACCAGGCAGAAGAUCCUGGAGGAGGAAACCAUCCUCCCUUCAGAAGUUCAUCCCUGGACCUCCAUCCAAUACUGGGAGGCUGAGGGUCCCCGAGGACUUUGCAGCCGACUCCAUGGCUUUUGCAGGCGAUGGCUGAAACCAGAAAAGCACACCAAAGCCCAGAUGCUGGACCUGGUGGUUCUGGAGCAGUUCCUGGCUCUUCUGCCCCCAGCGAUGGAGAGCUGGGUGCGGGAGUGUGGAGCAGAGACCAGCUCCCAGGCGGUGGCCCUGGUGGAAGGCUUCCUCCUGAGCCAGGUGGAGGAACAGAAGGAGCAAGUCGAGUUGCAGUGCUGCACUGUGGAGAUCAGAGAUCCUGAGGGAAAGAAGAACCCAUCAAAUCCUCCCCAGGAGCUAUUUUUCAGGAGGAUUUUUUGGAAGGAUCAAAGUCAGGACACCUUAGGAGAGAAACAAAGAAUGAAAUUUUCUGGUUUUUAUGACGGCGAUCAAACAGAGGCUGAACUUCUAAAUCAAGAGAGUCUUGUGUCCUUCGAGGAGGUGGCUGUGUAUUUCUCUGAGGAGGAAUGGUCUCAGCUGGAUCCUGACCAGAGAGCGCUGCAUUUGGAAGUCAUGCUUGAAAACUAUAGGAACGUGGUCUCUCUCGGUAAUAAUGGUCAGGAGAAUCAAAAUUCCUGUAAACUGUUCCAAGUGAUCAAUGCUAAAGAUGGAACGGAGAAGUUUGGAAUUCGAAUGGAACCAGAAACCCAUGAUAGAAACCAGUCAAAUGAUUGGAAUCAGGAAAGCUCAUCUUCCACUGAUUGUCCGAUGCAAGACUUUCUUGCCCAACAGGAGAAAAUAAAGAAAAAAUAUAUUGGGGAAAGUGUGAAGCCAAUCAAAGCUAAAUUACAAGUAAAAGAACACUAUUUAACCCAAAACAAAGCAGAAAAUGCUUUAAGGAGACACAACAGACGUUACAAUGGGACAUUCAUGCCUUCUCUUGGAAAUAAGUUCCUUACAUCUCAAAAAGUGAUAGACACAAAAGAGAAGCCUUACAAAUGUUUGGAAUGUGGAACAUGUUUCAGAACAAGCAGGCAACUUACUUCCCAUGAAGGGAUUUAUACUGGGGAGAAGGUAUACAAAUGCAGAGAGUCUGGUAACAGGUUCAGAAGACAUAGUAAUCUUAUAUCCCCAAAAAGGAUCCAGGCAGGGGAAAAGCCAUUUAAAUGCAUGGAGUGCAAAAAAACCUUUGCUCGAAGAAGUAGUCUUAUUUCCCAUAAGAGGAUCCACACAGGGGAGAAACCGCAUAAAUGCAUGGAGUGUGGAAAAAUCUAUGCUCAAAAAAGUAGUCUUAUUCGCCAUAAGAGGAUCCACACAGGGGAGAAGCCGUAUAAAUGCAUGGAAUGUGGAAAGAUGUUUUCUGAAAGAGGUCAUCUUAUUUCCCAUAAGAGGAUGCACACAGGGGAGAAGCCUUAUAAAUGCUUGGAGUGUGGAAAAAUCUUUGCUGAAAGAGGUCAUCUUAUUCGCCAUAAGAGGAUCCACACAGGGGAGAAGCCGAAUAAAUGCAUGGAAUGUGGAAAGAUGUUUUCUCAAAGAGGUAGUCUUAUUAGCCAUAAGAGGAUCCACACAGGGGAGAAGCCAUAUAAAUGCUUGGAGUGUGGAAAAAUCUUUGCUCAUAGAGGUAGUCUUAUUCGCCAUAAGAGGAUCCACACAGGGGAGAAGCCGUAUAAAUGCAUGGAAUGUGGAAAGAUGUUUUCUGAAAGAGGUCAUCUUAUUUGCCAUGAGAGGAUCCACACAGGAGAGAAACCGUAUAAAUGCAUGGAGUGUGGAAAGACUUUUGCUUGGUGCAGUUACCUAAGAAUACACAAAAUGAUCCACACAGGGGAGAAGCCGUAUAAAUGCAUGGAAUGUGGAAAGACGUUUGUUCGAAGAGGUCAUCUUGUUUCCCAUAAGAGUAUCCACACAGGGGAAAAGCCGUAUAAAUGCUUGGUGUGUGGAAAAAUCUUUGCUCAAACAGGUAGUCUUAUUCGCCAUAAGAGGAUCCACACACGGGAGAAGCCGUAUAAAUGCAUGGAAUGGUGAGAGGGCUUUGCUCAGAAAGGUCGUCUUAAUUCUCAUAAGAAACUGUAUAGCAAUAGUAAUUCCACUUAGACUUAUAUACCAUUCCACAAUGCUUUACAGCACUCUUUGAGCAGUUUACAAAGUCAGCAUAUGGUCUCCAGCAAUCUGGGUCCUCAUUUUACCCUCAUUUUACCUCAGAAGGAUGAAAGCUGAGUCAACCAUGACCCUGUCAGAAUCAAACUUCUGGCUGUGGGCAAUUAGCCUAUAGUACUGCAUUCUAACCACUGAGCCACCACGUCUCUAUAGAUUUUGAUCUGUAUGCAUAUUGUGCCUUUCUGAUCCAAAGGAGACAAGGUACAAUCCAACAAAAUGAAAUUUAAUGUGGAGAAAAGUAAGCUUUUACACCUGGGCAGGAAAAACAGAUAACCUGAAACCUGGCUGGAAAAUAGUAACUGUGAAGGAUCCUUGGAGUCGGAAUGGAUGAUCAAUUAAGCAUGAAUCGCCUCUGUGCGACAGCAGCCAAAAAAAGCGAAUACAAUCCUUGGUUUUAUAAACAGAGGCAUAGAAUCAAAAUCACAUGAAGUAUUACUACCACUUCAUAAUGCCUUAGUAAGACCACACCCGGAAUACCGCAUCCCCUUUGGGUCAUCACAUUACAAAAAAGAUGUUUAAACUUUGGAAAAAGAGCAAAGAAGAGCAGCUAAGCUGAUUAAAGGCCGGAAGACUAAAACAAGAACGGUAUUGGAACUGGGGAUGGGUAGUUAGUGAAGAGAAGGACCUGGGGAGACAGGAUAGCAGUGUUACAACGUUUGAGGGGCUGCCACAGAGAGGGUGGGGUCCAAGGCACCUGAAGGCCAGACAAAGAAUAAUGGAUGGAAACUUAUCAAGGAGCGAUUCUACCCAGAAAUAAGGAGAAAUUUUCUGACAGAACAAUCAACCAAUGGAAGAGCUUGCCUUCGGAAGUUGUGGGCGCUUCAUCGCUGGUGGCUUUGAAGAAGAGAUUGGACUGCCAUUUGUCAGAAAUGGUGUAGGGUCUCCUGCUUGGGCGGGGGGUUGGACUAGAAGAGCUCCAAGUUCCCUUCCAGCUCUAUUCUGAUUUUGAUUUGGAAUCCUCAAUCCAUUCUGGUGCUUUUUUGCUAAGUAGGAGGUUUUAAAAGAAAGAUGAGUAUCAAUGGAGAUUAAGGUUAUCGUUUGCCCUCAACGUGAUGUGUGGAUGCCAAAAUUUAAAUGGUACAUUUCAAGUAACUCCCUCUGAUGAGUAUUGCCACUAGAGCAGAGUUGCAGGCAGAAAUGCAAUUAGUCCUGAAUCCCUUACUAUUGUUUCAGCUUUCCUUCCUUUGCUUACUAUUGUCUCAGUCUGCCUUUCCACCCUGCUUCACAUUAUGUAACACAAGUAACAACUGAGAAAGAAAACCAUAAGGAAAAGGGGGUUAUAGUGAUGCUGAAUUAGAAAAUGCAAUUCAUAGGCUCUUUCUCCUUAUUUUGUGGUGAUCUUUCCUUGCCUUUCCUCGUGUUGCCCAUCUCUGGACUCACACAAUCUUAUCAAUAACUUUUUUAAAGUGAGGUCUCCAGAACUGGACACAGUAUUCCAAAUGGAGUCUCACUAAAGCCCUAUGUAGAGGGAUAGGAGCUCCUUUUUGCUGAUGGUGAUACAUCUGGUGAUGCAUCUCAGAAUUUUGUUUGCCUUCCCAGCUGCCUGGCCACACUGCUUACUUAUGUUGCAGUUAUCCUUGUUUCACUGCCAUGGCAACUACUUUCACAGAGUUGUGUAAAAGAAGGGAAGAGAAAGCAGUGGUAGGGAUAUGUGGACGCAUAUUAAGUUCCCAUAGUUAGGCAGCCUGGUGGCCAACCCAGGCAGUCCCUGAUUUACAAUAAUUUAUUAAGUAACCAUUUGAAGUUCCAAUGGCAAUAAAUGGCUCUGACCUCCUCCUUCCCUCCCUCCCAAAUUAGGCAUACUCCAGGAUAUGAGAAUGAAAACCACUCUGGUGUGCUAACAUUGCAAAAGAUCAAUCAAGAAGGAAGAUCUUUGGAAAUCAAUGGGAACCAAAAUAACAUGAAAUUAAGAACUACAAAAAAUUACUUCAGUCCUUCCUGAUGAAACACGCAGAAAUGCGAAUGGGAACUGUCACAUGUAAAUGCCUUAUUCUCUAAUAUGUAAAUAGUAUAUGAACGGGGUAUCAGGGGUUAAUUUAUUCUUUACUUCUUAAUGUAUUCAUAAUUUACCACUCCCACAUCUAGCUCCACCCAUUGUAUAUAUAAGGAGCUGCACGCACCCAUUCCUUGCUUCUAUCUGUGAAUAUUCAGUGAAUAUAGAAUGCCUAAUGUAAAUAAAAGGAGAAAUAUUUAAACCUUUAA